AUGCAAGCAGAUGAAGAUACGAACGUGCAAACAUUUACCCAUUCAAACAUAUGGACAGAGGCAGGACAUGAAAAAACCAAACGAGAGACCCAAGCCAACAUCAACAAAGUCCCACCUCUCACAUCCACACAAACACCAGACUACCCAGAAACGCCAACACAUGCGGGCAUAAAAUCCAAAGCAAACAGUGCAGAGCCUAUAAUAGAGGAACGCAAACAGAGAAAAGAAGAACAAAAAACCACUAACGAGAUAUUCAUAGCGACGCGAAUUAACGUUGAUCAACAAGACAACGCACUCGUAAACAACAACAACAUUAAAGAAAACAAAUUAGCAAUGAACCAAAUAUAA